AUGAAGCCAACCCAUAUUCUGGCGAGGCUCGCCUUCGCAUUGUUACCUCUCCAGACUGCGGCUCGAGCGUUGGGCGGCAAGCCAAGCGACUUUAUCUUGCCAGAGAAGCGUGCACCUCUUCAGGACAUUGUAACAUGGGAUGAGCACUCUCUUUUCGUGCAUGGCGAACGUAUCAUCUUCUGGGGCGGCGAGUUCCAUCCAUUCCGUCUCCCUGUACCAAGCCUGUGGUUAGAUAUCUUCCAGAAGAUCAAAGCCAUGGGAUACAACGGCGCGUCCUUCUACUCCGCUUGGGUUCUGCAUGAACCAAAGCCUGGACAUUUCCAAGCAGAGGGAGUGUUUGAUUGGGAACCUUACUUCGAGGCCGCGAAGAAAGCUGGUGUCUACCUAGUCGCUCGUCCUGGUCCUUACAUCAACGCAGAGGUAUCGGGUGGUGGCUUUCCUGGUUGGCUGCAACGAAUUUCGGGAAAUCUACGCACACCAGACGAGGACUUUCAACAAGCAUCGAAACACUACAUCGAAUCGAUCACACCGAUCAUUGCUAAAGCACAGAUUACAAAUGGCGGACCCGUCAUACUUUUCCAACCCGAAAAUGAGUACUCUGCGGGCUUGAACAAUGUGACGUUUCCCGACGCCGAUUACAUGAAUAAUCUUAUGAAGCAGUUCAGGGACCUCGGAAUUGUGGUGCCUCUGAUCAAUAAUGUUGCUUGGCCUAGCGGGAUAAAUGCGCCUGGGACCGAAGCUCCCGUCGACAUAUACGGACAUGAUUCAUAUCCGCUGGGUAUGAAUUGCACUGACCCAACGUUUUGGACUGACGAUGCACUCCCUACGGACUGGAGAAAGACACAUCUAGAGCAGAGUCCCAGCACUCCUUAUAUGCUUGUGGAGUACCAGGGAGGCGCAUACCAGCCUUGGGGUGGUGAUGGGUUCGAGAAGUGUUCUGAGUUCAUCAAUCAUGAGUUUGAGCGCGUCUUCUACAAGAACAAUGUUGCGGCCGGAGCCACUAUCUUUAAUGUCUACAUGACUUUCGGUGGUACAAAUUGGGGCAAUCUGGGUCACGCUGGAGGGUACACAUCCUACGACUAUGGUGCUGCUAUCACCGAAGAACGCCUAGUAUCUCGCGAGAAGUACAGCGAGGCAAAACUGAUCGCAAACUUUGUUCAUGCCUCCCCGGCUUUGGCGUCCGCAGUGCCGGGAUACAACACCACUGGCAUCUACACUAACACCUCUCUCAUUACAGUAACACCGGUGCUGGGAGAGAAGACCAAAUUCUACGUAACUCGUCACACUAGGUAUAACACUUUCGACUCGACGACGUAUAAACUCAGAUUGCAAACAAGCGUUGGCAACAUCACCAUCCCGCAGCUCGGUGGAUCGCUUUCGAUGAAUGGUCGCGAUACCAAGAUCCAUGUGACCGACUACGAUGUUGGAGGUUUCAACCUUCUCUACUCUACUGCCGAGAUCUUCACGUGGAAACAAUAUGGUAUGCGCCGUGUUCUCGUGGUGCAUGGAGGUCCAAAUGAGGUUCAUGAAUUAGCUGUUUCUAAGACCAGCGAAGCGACGUCUGUUGAGGGGUCUGGAGUGAAAUUCUCGAACCGCAACGGUCACACCAUCUUGAAUUGGCAAUCGGCUCCAAGCCGCCGAGUCGUGCGUAUUGGGAAAGAUCUGUACAUCGUUAUCCUGGAUCGCAACUCAGCAUACAACUACUGGACAGUCAGUACCUUGUCAGGAGAAAGUUACACGCACGAUGCUACCCCAUCCUCAGAUCUGAUUGUCAGUGCUGGAUAUCUCAUUCGUAGUGCUUCAAUUUCUGAGAGCAAAAUACAUCUCAUAGGAGAUAUUAAUGCAACUACCACCAUCGAGAUUGUUGGAGGGGCACAUGAAAAUAUCGUCGGACUCACGUUCAAUGGCGAAGACUUGCACGCGACACACGAUCGUAACGGCUUCCUUAAGGGUACCGUCGCUUUCUCAGCUCCUGAGAUCAGAGCACCAGACGUGAAGUCGCUUUCGUGGAAAUACAUCGAUGCACUUCCGGAGUUGCAAUCUUCCUACGACGACUCUGCCUGGACCGACGCCGACCAUACGGAGACAAACAACACAUACUGGCCUCUCACAACCCCGACUGUCCUCUGGGGUGCAGAGUAUGGCUAUAACACUGGCUCCUUGAUACUGCGCGGCCAUUUCGUGGCCACUGGGACCGAAGAUGUGAUCCACCUCAAUGUCUCAGGCGGUUCAGCGUUCGCAUUCUCUGCCUGGAUCAAUCAAACAUUCAUUGGUUCUUGGUCUGGUAACAGUGAGGCUGCAAUUGCGAACGAGACACUAUCAGCACCCACACUGACACGCGGGGAUGACUACGUCUUGACGGUUUUGAUGGAUCACAUGGGCCAUAACGGCAAUUGGUUUGUUGGCUUCAAUGAACAGAAAACGCCUCGUGGCAUCAUCGGCUAUGAUUUUCCUGGCCACACAAUCUCCUCGUCUAAUAGCACUCGUACGAACGACGGCAUUAGAUGGAAGAUCUCCGGUAAUCUGGGCGGUGAAGACUACCAUGGUGGUGUACGAGGGCCUCUUAAUGAAGGUGCCCUGUAUCCCGAACGCAACGGCUUCCACCUACCCGCUGCACCCACUUCCUCGUGGGAUGACAGCGCUGGGCCAACGACCGCGCUCUCCAAACCUGGUGUAGCGUUUUACACCACAUCAUUCAAGCUCGAUUUGCCCACGGGCUGGGAUAUUCCCCUAUCAUUCAUUUUCCACGGUGAUGCGUUUAACGGAAAGGGCAAAGGUUGGCGUGCGCAGCUCUGGGUCAAUGGAUAUCAAUUUGGCAAGUUCCUAAACGGGGUUGGACCGCAGAGGAGGUUUCCUGUGCCCGAGGGUAUCUUUGACUACAGCGGGGACAAUCAAAUAUCAGUCAGUAUCUGGGCAUUGGAAGCGGGUGGUGCAACUCCGGAAGGCUUCGAGCUGGUGGUUGGUACACCGGUCAAGACUGGAUAUGGGGAAGUGGCCAUGGCACCUAUGUCCAGUUGGGAGGAGAGGCAGGGUGCCUAUUGAACACGCAUCUUAUAUCAUGGGACACUGAGUCAGAGGGCUGAUGGAUAGAACAAAAGUAC